AUAGGAGUUUUCUCCAGUGAAAUGUUCCUCAUGCCCUCUCCUUAUUGUCUCUGAUGAUUGGUUCAUGCAGUCAAGGGCUCAGUCAGACCCACACUGGUAUCAACCUACAGGACUUUCUGAAGCUUUUAGCAUUUAUAAAGCUAAUCUUAAUUCAACUGUCAAGUUUGUUAAUGGGAAUACUGGGAAAGGUGUUUUCAAGGAAACGGGUGACGUUAAUAUUUAUAUUGAAUUGAAUUCUGUGAAGGAGCUUUACUUCAUGCAAGUACAUGACACUUAUAUCAGUAUUGGUGCUGGCAUAUCAAUUAACGGACUUAUUGAUAUUUUGUUGAGCAAUAAGGACAAGUCAAUCAGUUUCAAGCCUCUAGCUGAUCAUCUUAAAAAAAUUGCUAAUGUUCCAGUCAGAAAUAUAGGCACUUGGGCUGGUAACUUGAUGCUCACUCAUAAUAAUGAUAACUUUCCUUCUGACGUAUUCACCAUUAUGAAAGCAGCUGGUGCUACUUUAUCAAUUGCUCAUGAUGGUGGCACUGGUGAAUAUCCUUUGUCCGAUUUCUUGAGUUUGGAUAUGACAGAGAGAAUAAUUGUGUCAAUACAGAUUCCUUACUGCAGCCCCAACACUGUAUUCACCACAUUUAAAAUAAUGCCUCGUUCACAA